AUGGGUCAGAAGAGAGGACGUGAUCCCAAGGCCCCAGCGGCUCAGGCGAACAAGCGCAAGAAGGCCGUCAAGGCUGACACUGGAAGCGACGAUGAGCGCUCCGUCGGAGUCGAGGACCUCAACUGGAAAGAAGUUGCCAUGCCCGACCGGAUGGAGGAUGCUGAGGGCUUCUUUGGUCUUGAGGAAAUCGAGGGUGUUGAUAUCAUCAAGAGCGGCGGAGAUGUUCAAUUCAAGGCCAAGACCGGAAAGCCAAGAAAGUCGAUUAUCAAGCCCCCCUCAGAAGACGAUGAUGGUGAGGAGUGGGGUGGAUUCAGCGACGAGGAUUCAUCUGAGAAGGCACCCGUUGCUGACAAGGCCGACGCCGAGAAGACCUCCGCCGCGCCUGAAGUAAACAAAGCCACGGAAGACAAGAAGUCGAAGAAGGAAAUUGCUAAGGAGAAGGCCAAGGAGAAGAAGAAGGCAAAGAAGGACGAGACAAAACCCAAGGACCAAAAGCCCAAAGAUUCAAAAUCAACCCAGGAUCGAAACAUCAAGAGCGGAAUCUCAUUUGCUGCUCUUGAGGAGGCCGAGGAUGAUGAUGGAGUCGAUGUUUCAGCCUGGGAUGCACUGAACCUCUCCUCCGAAAUCUACACUGCUCUUUCCAAGAUGAAGUUCAGCCAACCAUCAGCUAUCCAGAAGGCUGCCAUUCCGGCUGUCCUUGAUGGCCACGACGUUGUUGGAAAGGCCUCUACGGGUUCCGGUAAAACGCUGGCGUUCGGCAUUCCCAUUAUCGAGCACUACCUCGACCAGAGAGGAAAGCAGGGAGAGAAGGAGGAAAAGACCAAAGCUCCCAUUGCACUGCUACUGUCUCCCACCCGUGAAUUGGCCCACCAGCUAGCCAGACAUCUCGGGGAACUUAUUGCCAACUCCCCCGAUACAAACGCCCGCAUCGCUCUGUUGACCGGAGGUCUGUCUAUCCAGAAGCAGCAGAGGCAGCUCGCACACGCAGACAUCGUCAUUGGAACACCCGGUCGUGUGUGGGAGAUCCUCAGCACCGGAACCGGAUUGAUCCGGAAGAUGCAGAAGAUUCGUUUCUUGGUUGUGGAUGAAGCCGAUAGGCUUCUGAGCCAGGGAAACUUCAAGGAGGUGGAAGAUAUUCUUGGCGCGCUUGAUAAAGAACAAGCCGGUGACAUUGACGAGAUGGAAGAGAAAAAAGAGGAAGAGCCCAGCCAAAGGCAAACCCUUGUGUUCUCAGCUACAUUCCACAAAGACCUUCAGCAAAAGCUGGCAGGAAAGAGCCGCUGGAGUGGCGGUGACAUGCUGGACAACAAGGAAUCUAUGGAGUAUCUCCUGAAGAAGUUGAACUUCCGCGAAGAGAAGCCCAAGUUCAUUGACGUGAACCCCGAGUCUCAAAUGGCCUCCGGCCUCAAGGAGGGAAUCGUGGAAUGCCCUGCCAUGGAAAAGGAUCUCUACCUCUACUCAGUUCUUCUAUACUAUCCCAAGCACCGCACAAUUGUGUUCACAAACUCCAUUUCUGCCGUCCGCCGCAUCACACAGCUCUUGCAGGUUCUGCAACUCCCUGUAUUCGGUCUUCACUCCAACAUGGCUCAAAAGGCCCGACUCCGCUCCGUGGAGCGCUUCUCCUCACCCACCGCCGACCCCAGCUCUAUUCUCGUUGCCACUGACGUUGCUGCUCGUGGUUUGGAUAUCAAGGGUAUCAACUGCGUCAUUCACUACCACGUUCCCCGUGCAGCGGACGCCUACGUCCACCGAUCCGGUCGUACUGCCCGUGCCGGCGAGUCCGGAAAGAGUAUUCUCAUCUGUGCCCCCGAAGAAGUUGUCGGAGUCGCUCGCCUCGCUGCAAAGAUCCACGCCAAGCGAACCAAGGGCGAAGACGAUGACGCACCCAGCAAGAAAAUUCCCCUCGAGUCUCUCGACAUUGAUCGUCGGGUCGUGGCUCGUCUCCGCCCCCGCAUGACCCUUGCCAAGCGCAUCACCGACUCCACCAUUGCCAAGGAGAAGGUCAACACCGAAGAUAACUGGCUUCGUGCCGCGGCUGACGAUCUCGGUGUCGAGUAUGACAGCGACGAAUUCGAUCAGUCCAAGGGCAAGGGCCGUGGUCGUGGUGGUGGCCGUGAGCGUCGCGACAAGGAAGCUAGCGAGAUGACCAAGUCCGAAAUGGCUGGUCUUCGCGCCGAGCUCAAGCAGCAGCUUUCUCAGCGGAUCAAUAUUGGUGUCAGUGAGAAGUACCUGACUGCGGGUCGCAUUGACAUUGAUGCCCUUCUUCGUGGCGAGGGCAACAAGUCCUUCCUUGGGCACCUCGACCCUCUGACAUUCUAA